UCCGAGACAGUUGUCCUCGCGGAGGAGAUGACAACUAGAAGAAGCAGAAUGCCUGAGACUUGUGCAGUGCAAAAUAUUUUGUUUUUAGAAAAGGAGUAAUUCUGGGUUCAAUGAAUUUAAAAUUCCUAACCAGUGAUGAGCUGGCUCCUGGUGUGGAUUCUUAUAGCAGCUGGGAUUCAAAAGGCCUACUCCCAGACCCAGAAUCCCACUGCCAUGCUGCCCCUAACAGAACCCACAGACCUGGAGCCAUACAACCGGACCCAGUACUGCCACUGGCCCUGUGAGUGCCCCCCGGUCCUCCCCGCCUGCCCCGCAGGAGUGAGCCUGCUCAUGGACGGCUGUGACUGCUGCAAGGCCUGCGCCAGGCAGGUGGGGGAGGAGUGCAACGAGGCAGACACCUGUGACUACCAUAAGGGACUGUACUGCGACUACAGCACGGACAAGCCGAGGUACGAAAAAGGAGUGUGUGCAUACAUGGUUGGCACAGGCUGCGAGCAUGAUGGUGUGAUCUACCGGAAUGGGCAGAGCUUUAAGCCCAGCUGUAAAUACCAGUGUCUGUGUGUGAACGGGGCCAUCGGGUGCGUGACCCUGUGUACGGACUCCCAGCCCCCCCGGGUGUGGUGCCAGAACCCGAGGAGGGUCAAGAUCCCCGGACGCUGCUGUGAACAGUGGAUCUGUGACGAGCCCAAGAAGGGGAGGAAGACUGCUCCAAGACAUGCAGUGGAGGCUCUUCCUGCUGAGGCUCAGGGCCGGAGCAGGAACUGUGUGAUCCAGACCACCUCCUGGAGUAUCUGUUCUAAGACGUGUGGUCGAGGUCUGUCACUGCGCGUCUCCAACGCCAACGAGAGGUGUGAGAUGGUGAAAGAGUCCCGCCUCUGCAACAUACGGCCCUGUGGGGUGGACAUCACCAAGCACAUCAAGCCAGGGAAGAAGUGUCUGAACAUCUACAGAGAAGAACAGCCAAAAAACUUCACAAUCUCAGGCUGUGUCAGUAAGCAGCCUUACUGGCCUAAAUACUGUGGGGUGUGCAUGGCCACAGACCAUCGCUGCUGCAUUCCCUACAAGUCCAAGACCAUCGACGUGGAGUUUGUGUGUCCCAACGGGGCAGUGUUCACAUGGCAGGUCAUGUGGAUCAACGCCUGCUUCUGUAACCUCAGCUGCAGGAACCCCAACAACAUCUUCGCCGAGCUGGAGAAUUACUAUGGUUACCCUGAGAUCGUGAACUGAGACAUUUCAAUCAUUCGCCGUGAGCUUAUAAAGGGCUCUAUUCAGUCUGGAUCGCUGAAGCGUUACAGAUUGCACAAUAGAAAUUUAAAGGUAAUUUCUGAUUGAGACGACAUAUGCAGUGUUUACGGUGAAUGCAGCCUUCGCUAACAAGAGAACAUUGCCUUUAAAUUUCAAUCACGCUGUAACACUGAACUUCCGUGAUACGGAAUAGAGCCCUAAACUUCCAUCUACCUACAUUUUGAUCUUCUUUUCACUUCCUCAAACGUUUUUUUGUCAGAACAUUUGAAAAAUGGUUUUAUUUGACGUUGGUAUACAUAAAGGCAGGUAUUCAAUCCAAGGCGCGUUAUAGUGCAGAGCACCAUACAACAGACAGUCCGCCCUUUGAAGCCAUUUUCCCGGUGUCCUCAGAUGUCAUUCAUGGUAAAUGCUCUGAUUGUCAGCUCAAGCCUACAUUUCCUUUACAAGCCUGUUAUAGUGUGCUGCUCUAUAUCUUGCAUUGGAUUGAAUCGAUUAGAUUGAAUCGAUUAGAUUGAAUCGAUUAGAUUGAAUCGAUUAGAUUGAAUCGAUUAGAUUGAAUCCCACCCAAAGUAUUUUUCUUAUAAGGGGAUAUUUCAACGUUUUUUUCAGAAUAUCUUUAUGGUCUGUAUAGGGUUGCUUUGGGAAUGAGUGUGAAAUAUUUUAGUUUUAAUUUAUUCAAUACUAAAUGAUUGAAAAAAUGUUGCCAUACAGGUAUUUUUUGAAAGUCACAGUAACAAGUUUCACGAAAUCUCGUCCACACUCAUGUAAAGAUUGGUUUGAUCACGUGGCUCUGAAUUGAAUGAUGAGUAAGAGACGGCGUGAGAUGCUACUAUAGAAUGCAUGUACUAUAUACGGUUAAAUAUCCAUCUGUGGAAGUGUGGUGUCAUUCUUACAAGGUCACAUUCUACUUAUGAUCAUUGAAGUAAUCACAACACCAGGACAAAAAGUUAUAGGUUUUUAUUUAUUAAAUAAAUACAAAACUGUUAUGCCAUAUUUAAUGCUUCUCAUCUACAGCAUUAGGCAGUUGUGCAUCUUUAAAAAGCGAUGUAGGCCUGGGUUCUACAAAGCCGGCAAGUGUUGCUGUAGUGCACGUAAGAGUGGGAGGGUUUUUGAUACGUUCUAAGGAGAACUAUCCUCACAUUACAUUAUGUGGAUCUAUCGGCUUGACUCUCUCAAAUCCUUCACAACAAAAUAACUUUAAGUCAGAGAAGGUUUCCAUGGCACAUCAUCUUUGUUCUGCCGUGCUUGAUUGCAUAGAAAACAUUUACAUACACACACACAAAAAAUAUCCAAAAUAUUUUUUUUGCCUGAAGCCAUGAUCUAUUAAUAAAGCAAUAGGAUUCAAAGCUGA